AUGGCAUCAUUGAAAUGGAACCUCAUUAUAAAUCAGAACUACUGGUAUAUGAAAACUACAAAAAAGGGGAACGCUGCUAGCACCGUGAGCCUCCUCAACAAGCCCCAGAGUGAGCUGACCCCAGAGGAGCUGCAGGAGGAGGAGUUUAACACCAGUCCCCUCUCCGUACUCACUCAGUCAGUCAAGAACAAACCCCAAGGGCUCAUCAACUGUGGCAACAACAAGAAGCUGCUGGGCCAUGUGAAGGCUUUUGACAGGCACUGCCACAUGGUGCUGGAGAAUGUGACAGAGAUGUGGAGUGAAGUCCCGAAGAGUGGCAAGGGCAAGAAGUCCAAGCCCAUCAAAAAGGACCACUACAUCGCCAAGAUAUUCCUGCGUGGGGACUCUGUCAUUGUGGACCUGCGGAACCCACUCACUGCCAGCAAGUAG